CCCCUGUGGCUAUCGAAGAACAUCUCUAUUCAGCAGCGGUGAAGUCAGUUUGUGUUGACAGUGACGAUGACAUUCAUUUGAUGUUAGUGUGGAAGUUGAGGAUUUGUUUAUGUUUUAAAAAAUGCUUAAAGGGUUUUGAAAGUGCAGUUUUCAUCAAGUGAAAGUGACCAAAGGGCAGUUUUUCAUCAUGUCAGUGACCGCAAGCCAGGAGAGUAUACAAAAAGUCGUGCAGGAUUACGACGGCUCAAGUAACAUGUGCCUCGAAUUAGCCCUUGAAGGCGAAAGACUGUGCAAAGCAGGAGACUGUCGAGCUGGAGUGGCCUUUUUCCAGGCAGCCAUACAGGCUGGGACUGAUGACUUGCGAACCCUAAGCGCCAUUUACUCGCAAUUGGGAAACGCCUAUUUCUACCUUGGGGACUACAAUAAAGCCAUGCAGUACCAUAAGCAUGAUCUGACAUUGGCCAGAACCAUGGGCGACAAACUGGGGGAGGCGAAGUCUUCGGGCAACUUGGGCAACACUUUGAAAGUGAUGGGCAAGUUCGAUGAAGCCCUGGUGUGCUGCAAACGGCACCUCGAACUCUCCAGAGAGCUGGACGAUAAGCUUAGUGAAGGCAGAGCGUUAUACAAUUUAGGGAACGUUUGCCAUGCCAAAGGGAAGCACAUCGGAAGAGUGGGCCAGAAGGACCCUGGCGAGUUUUCCGAUGAAGUAAAGGAGUGUCUUCAAGAAGCAGUCUCUUACUAUGAGGAAAACCUGGCACUAAUGAGGGACUUGGGAGACGUGGCCGCCCAGGGGAGGGCAUGUGGGAACUUAGGCAAUACCUUCUAUCUGCUGGGAGAUUUCGGCCAAGCCAUCCACUACCAUGAGGAAAGACUGUCCAUAGCCCGGCAAUUCGGGGACAAAGCAGCUGAGCGAAGGGCGCACAGCAAUCUGGGAAAUUCCCAUAUUUUUAUGGGGCGCUUUGAAGAAGCCGCACACCACUACAAGCGCACUUUGGCGCUAGCCCAAGAACUAGGCGAUCAAGCCAUCGAAGCGCAGGCCUGCUACAGCUUGGGCAACACCUACACGCUAUUGAGGAACUACGAAACUGCCAUCGAGUACCAUUUGAGGCACUUACUGAUAGCUCAGACCUUGAAUGACCGGGUGGGAGAAGGUAGGGCCUGUUGGUCUUUGGGCAAUGCCCAUGCCUCGUUAGGACACCACGAAAAGGCGCUCAGUUUCGCUAGAAAUCAUUUGGAAAUUAGCAAAGAGAUUAGCGAUCCGAUGGGGGAGGCCACGGCCAAAAUGAACAUCGCCGACUUGAAGAGAGUGCUGAAUCUCCCAGACAGCCCAGAGGCUGCCGAUGAAGUGCCGCCAAUGAAAACGCCAGUUAAACCUGAUACUAGCCGAGAUCGCUUACACAGGGUGAGACGUGAAAGCAUGGAACAGCUUAGUCUUAUUAAGCUGACACCGGACGCAAAGAAUGCGGCAGCGCAAAGUAAAUCAGCCCCGAAACUGAAGAACGAAGAUGAAGACUCAUUCUUCGAUCUGUUGUCGCGGUUCCAGUCAAAGCGCAUGGACGACCAGAGAUGUUCCUUAUCGGUUAAAGCUUUAGAUGACAAGGAGAACCUGAAUAGGGUUAAUCUUCCGAAGAACGACCGGCCAGAAGAUCUGUUUGAUUUGAUAUCCGGCAUGCAGAGCAAAAGGAUGGACGAACAGAGGGUGGCUUUGCCCAAUUUACCAGGUUUGCAAUCGACUUCUCUUCAACGAAUCGCCGAGUCGCGGUCGAAUUCCUGCCUGCCAGAUGAUCAAUUCCUGGACCAACUGGCGCGGUGUCAGAAUUCACGUUUAGAUGACCAGCGGUCACCGCUGCCCGCUGCCUCUGAAGAUGCGGAAGAAACAUGGGGCGCCGCUGCUACAGUGCCAAAGGGGACCACGGUACCUGACGAAGACUUUUUCUCUUUGAUCAUGAGAUUCCAAUCGGGCCGAAUGGAUGAUCAGAGGGCUGCAGUACCUAGAACUAACAAUAGAAUUGCUAAUGGAUCGGUUCCUCACCAGCCAUCCGACAACGGUUUGUCUAUUUCGAAAAAACAACCCAAAAAGAAAUAAACAGAGCGAGUCUUACCUCUGAAUUGAAUGUAGUACAAGAUUAUUAAUGUAAAUUCGUUAAAGCUAUAUCUAUAUAAAGGGGACGCAGUUAUUUCGUAGAAAAGAACUUGAAGGGUUGCGUUUAGCUUUAAGACUGCUGAAAAGUAACCACUUUCUACAAAAAGCGGAGUUUUUAGUCCAAAUGUAGACUUUCCGCAAGCAAGAUUGUCCAAUAUUGAAACUGAUGAGCUUUUAAACGACGGCCUAGAAGCCCGAAAAACUCGCCAAUUUCAAGCAAUGGCCGCUCAGGCCUAACUCCUUUCAUUGUCCAACAUUGUUACUGCCAAAUCUGUUACUUUCAUACUGUACUUUAAUUUGAAAUUGUAUUUUUGUGUGCAUUGUUCUAAGUUUAGGCCCCCUUUUCUUCGUAAUUCAAGAUUUUCAAUUAUUUUAAAAAAUUAAGAUAGGGUAUAUAAAUAAUAAUAUAGUAUAUAAAAAUUGUUAUUAUACCAGAUGUUAUAUUAAUAUAUUAGACGUAUCUGAGUGUUGCAUUGGAAGCCAAUCCAACCCGGUCAUUUAGCAAAUAAUAAGUAAAACACUUUUUAUUCCCGGUUGAUUGAACAAGAUUGGCUUAAUCUUGUAGCUUUUCGUUCCAGAACUUCCUCGGACAUCUGACUAACGUUAGGGGCUUAAAACGAGUAUUGUAAAUUGUGAUAUAUUCAUGUUCAACGUUUCGCGCCAAAUUCGUUCCUCGAUGUUAUACAAUUUACACUUUUAGAUAGAUUUUAUCGGCGACUUUGCGAAAUAGAGCAGUAGUUAGCUGCUGAAACAUUUCUUUUUUGACCCACAUUGUACGUCUUCCAAACCCUGGACCGUUUUGAAGCUGUUCAAUAAAUUAUACAGGUUGAACUGAACAGUUGCUGCAAAUCAUAAAAGAAAUGUUCAGCCAAUGAUUUAUGAAAUGUUCUACUAAUAUUGAAAAAAUAUUGUUUUAACAAAAGUUGUUAAAUCAUUUGACCAAUUCUAUGUAUUCAUUUUACUACUAAUUCGUUCAGUAUAUUUUAUUUUUUAUACCGCAUGAAUAAAAAAAAWUAGGUGCCACAAAA